AAAAAAUAAAAAUUAUAGGUACUAAACCGUAAUUUGCCAAUGAUCCAUGGAUCCAAUCCAUGAAUCCACUUAUCCAAUUGGAUUUGGAUAAAAUGGAUUGGAUUUAAAUGAAUUGGAUUAGAUGGAUAUUUUUAAUGGAUUGAUGGAUUGGAUUGGUGGAUUGGAUUGAAAUUGCCACCUCUAGCUCGAAAUGAGGUCGGGACAUUUGGACUUCAAAUAGAAUCACUAUACCCACAUCCGGGAAAGGAAGCCCACGGUAAGCCACGGUAGGCAAACGAGGAUUGUUAAUUGUCGUCCUAGAUUUUAUUAUAAUUUUAAAGUUGAGAUUACUGAUGACGUGUACUACCUCCAUGCAUUUCUCCUUUGCUGUUAGUAGCUGUUGUAGGUUGUUGGCAGCCCCUGUAUCCACUACCUUUCUGUUCCUCAUCUUCAGCAGCACGUUUGGCUGCAUUGUACUUUAAAUACUCUCAAUCAAUAAUAGCACAGCAAGCCUUGAGCUCAUUCAUGGUAUCAGAGCGUUGAGUCACUCUAACGAGUUUUCUUUCCUCCCCAAUACUGCUUCUUCUUCCUUCGCCACAAAUGACUACUGAGUCCGCCUCCCUUUCUUCUACCUCCUCGUCUGGAGAUUCUAAUUCUGCACCGAUGCCCUCUGUUUCUCUUCCAGCCAAUCCGCAAUUGACAAUCAAGCUUACACCCACCAACUAUCUUCUGUGGCAUGCCCAAAUCACCCCUCUUCUUCGAUGCCAUCAGCUUAUGGGUCACGUCGACGGCUCUACUCCUGCUCCCCCAGUGUCUAUUGAUGGCCGCCCCAAUCCUCACUAUUCAACCUGGUACAUUCGUGAUCAAUAUGUGCUUACAUGGAUUAAUUGCUCUCUCUCUGAGUCGGUGCUCCCGCUUGUCAUCAACAAGGUCACCGCGUACGAAGCCUGGUCGGCUUUGCAUAUCAUCUAUGCCUCUGGCUCCAAACUUCAGAUUCGCCACUUGACCAAGGAGUUGCAGAACCUCCGGCGUGGUGAUGCUACUAUUCAUUCGUAUCUUCAAACGCCCAAAGGGAAGGCCGACCAACUUGCUGCGCUUGGCUCUCCGGUCAACAAUGACGACUUAACUGCCUGGAUUCUUGACGGACUUGGUGAGGACUAUCGUCCGUUUGUGCGUCACAUCGAAGCACGCCUGGAGCCAAUCACCUUUGAAGAUUUGCAUUCUCUACUGUUGAGCGAGGAGAGUCAGAUUCACCGAUUCUCCAUGCGCUCCGAUUCCCCAGCACCGACGGCCUUUUAUUCAAGCGCCGGUGGGUUUCAUGGGCGCGGCGGCCGUGGUCGUGGGCGUGGGUCGCCCUGCGGCCGUUUCCCCUCUAACCCUACUAUGUUUUUUGGCAGGCCUAAUUCCACAGCAGGUGUUCUUGGAUCCAGGGCCAAUGCGGCGGCGGUGGUUUGUCAUAACUGCGGUGGGCGGGGCCAUAUUAAGCCCAACUGCCCAAGCCCACCCAUAUCCGCCCAGCCUCAUUCCUUUUCCUCCCAGCCCGCAAGUCAUCCAGGCCCAACACCUCAUUUUGGCCCCCCUGCUCCUUUUUCUGGCCCGCAAGCUCAUAUUGCUUCCUCCCCCAUCCAACAUCUCAAUCCUACUCAGUGGCUCCUCGAUUCUGGUACUAAUCAUCAUUUAACCUCGGAUUUGGAUAAUCUUGCUCAUCAUUCCGAAUAUAACGGCACUGACCAGGUCACUUUUGGCAACGGUAACUCCCUUCCCAUCUCUCAUUAUGGAUCGUCUCAAGCUUCUCUAUCUCAUAUACCUCUAUCCUUACCAAAUAUUCUUCGUGUGCGUGAUGCUCCAUUCAAUUUAUUGUCAAUUAGUGCUCUCACUAGUGCUAAUCCUGUUUCUAUCGAAUUUUUUGACUCUAUUUUUGUCAUCAAGGAUCGGCGCACAAUGAAUGAGCUUUAUCGCGGUUAAGCGGUGGAUGGUCUCUAUUCUCUUCCUCUACAAAUUUUUCGUCGUCUUCCUCCUCUUGCUUGCGCCGCUACAUUGGAUGUGUGGCAUCGUCGCCUCGGGCAUGCUAAUGAACGCGUCCUCAAGCAAGCUCUCCAUCAACAUCAAAUAAAAUUUGUUCCCUCUAAAUCUUCCUUAUGUCAUGGUUGUGCAGUUAGUAAGAUACAUAAGCUUCCCUUUGCAUCUUCUACUUUCAAAGCGUCUGCACCCUUAGAACUUGUUUGUAGUGAUGUUUGGGGACCUGCUCCUGUUCUCUCUUAUGAUGCUCAAUCACAUUACAUUCUUUUCUAUGACCACUAUAGCAAAUUCUCUUGGAUUUAUUUUAUCAGAUAUAAAUCACAACUGCUUAGUGUCUUCAUUCAUUUCCGCCAAUUAGUCGAAAUUUUUUUUGGCACUCCCAUCAAAACCUUUCAAUCCGAUUGGGGCGGUGAAUAUCAAGCUCUAUCCUCCUAUUUAUAUGAUCAUGGUAUUGCUCAUCGCUCCUCUUGUCCACACACACCAGAACAAAAUGGCUGUGCAGAA